AAAGGAAACCUCCUUUCCUUCCUUCCCCGUCCCCUCCCCAGUCCUCCGCCGCCGCCACCUUCUUUCUCCACCAAAUCCACCAGGCAUAGCCAACUCUCUUCUCUCCUCCGCUCAUCCUCUGCCUCCGUGACACCAGGAGAAGCGAAACAGAGUACUCCACAGCCAAGAGAGAACCCACACACGCCUCCGGCGAUCAGCCGAUCGCGAUGAUGCUGCGCGCGGCGGGGAAGAGGCUGGUCGGCGCGGCGGCGGCCAGCGCCGGAGAUUACUCCUCCUCCGUCGCGGAGGUAACGCUGGGGGCGGUGGCGGCGAGGAGGGGGUACCACGAGCGGGUGGUGGACCACUACAGCAACCCGCGCAACGUGGGGGAGUUCGACAAGGACGACGUCGACGUCGGCACCGGGCUCGUCGGCGCGCCCGCCUGCGGGGACGUCAUGAAUAUGCAGAUCCGCGUCGACCAGGCCUCCGGCAGGAUCGUCGACGCCUGCUUCAAGACCUUCGGCUGCGGCUCCGCCAUCGCAUCCUCAUCCGUCGUGGUUUGCUGGUGCUCCUCACUAGCUCGCAGGCAUCGAUUCUGUUGCUGCCUAUUCGGCGGACCGAGCUACUUUGCUACUUUGGUAGCCGGUUUAAUGAGUGCAGCCGCCCCGUGCUCUCUCUCUCUCUCUCUCCGAGGUCGACCCCGGAGAAGCUCAAGCCGCAACGCUAGUCCACGGCGUCGUCGCUGUCGUUGUCGGCAGGAGGAGCCUGGGUCGCUGAGACGGCCGGUUCCCUCUGGCUCUCGUGUCACCGUCCGUCCACCCGUGAGACAAAAACAAUCUUCAUAGGAAGAGGUAGAUCAAUGGCCAAGAACUCUAUCAAGCUGGAGCACCCGCUCGGUUGCCACGCGGAUGCUCUUUGGACUACGAUAUGGACAUGAAGGCAUUUAUUUUAGUGCCAAAUAUUACUUACUAAUGCCCGCAAAGUAUCG